AUGAGUGUGUUAUUGGGUACUCAAGAUUUGAAAGAAAGUAAAAGUCCAAACCGUUUAGGGUCCCCAGCCACGACCAAGUCUGAGAAGCUAAAGGGCUGGGGUCUUGUUCAUGUCAUCUUGAGGUCGAGAAUAUACCCAAGAAGAUGGGCAGUCGGGUUCAAGACUCGAUACUGUCCAUUACCCAUGGUGCCCAAGGGUCAGGUUCGAGGCUGCCAAAGGCUGGGACAACUUCGGGACGAGAGCAUCAAGGCUGAGCUGGGUAGAGACUAG